GUUCUUGGGCGUUCUUCGCCUCCUUGAGAUACAUUUCCGCUUCGGGUCACAUGGUGUUUGGAGCGUUCGCUCCUCUGUGGUGAUGCUUUGGUGACGAUGGGCGCCAAGCCCUGCAUCUGUGUGCUCCGGGCCGAGGUUGACUGUCCACCCACAGGCGAUCGCUGGAGCUGUUGUGGCUCUGAUGCCUUCUACAGGGAUGAGUUCCUUGAAGAGGAGGCAGUGACAAAUGAGGGCCUUACGGGCAAGCUCUUCGAGCAAGCGGUGUUGAAGUCCAUGAAAGGACAAGUCUUUUUGGACUACACCAAGUUCUCUGCAGUCCAAGCUGCUACUGCCUUCAAGAGACGGAUGUCGGGUGACUUCCCAGAGCCACAGGAGCUCUUGCCCCAUCCCCCUUUGAGCCCCUCCAGCCCGACAAGUGCCUACGGCCGAACAUUCUCAGACUGGACUCGCCUCUCCGAUUGGGUUGGAAAAACCAUGAAGGAAUGGAAGAAAGACGACCUUCCACCAAAUCUUGGAGCACAUUGGAAGAAAGGUGAUGGUGCUGGGCUGCAGGUGCGGUCUGGGCCAGACUACGCCGCACGUCGCCAGCACAUCAUGACAAAGUCUGGGCACUUGUACGACACGCUGACGGUGGAUGCCGUGCGAUCCUCCGAGCCCUUGCAUUCCAUCCUGGGCAACGCCGUUGAUUCGCCACCGCCGGCGACAGCAAAAUGCACAUGGAAGCCUGGCUGCCCCUUGCCACGGGUCUUGUGCAUUAAUGUGAUGCUUCCGUACUACAAUCCAAAGAACCCGUGGUCCACAGAGGACGGUGGCUGCAGUUAUGUGGGAUUCUUCCAAAUCACCAAUGAGACGGUGGAGCAGGUUCAGAGCGAACAACCUCCACCCAGUGUUCAGAUGUUCCGCAAAUUCUUCGAAGGUCCUGCCGGUUUUCCGGGAUGUCCUCUCGAUCAUCCAGACAGGAGCAUGUAUCGGCGGAGGGACCUCAAGAAAUUCAAGGACAUGGACCCUGGGCUUCUAAGAGCUGCAGGGUGGUGCUUAAACCAAGCCGAGCUUGGAGUUCCGGAGUUUCUUCAUCAGUUCAAUGGCAAGUCCUUUGUCAUCGCGGACAGCGGCUACGUCAUCAAAGACACUCAUGGGGAGUGGCUGGAGGUUGGCUUUGACGUGCGCAAGUUUCCGUUCCUCUUUGUGGAAGUGCUCUACAACUUUCGUGACUUCAUUCCAAAGGUCGAUAAUGACAUCCCAAGAGUGGCCAAGAGUGAGUGAUAUGGAUCAGCUGAUUGUCAGGGAGCGAUGAUGCAAGAUGAUGCAAGAGAUGUCUUGAUGUGACAAACUGGAGCGAGAUUUCUUCAAAAAACGCAGAUGCUUUUAAUCGUGCCAGGCGAAAUGUCACUAUGGUUUCACGGUACAGGCGGUCGACGACGAGGACAUGCCUGAAGGUAUUGUUUGUGACGUGUACAUGUCGGGCAUCAACAUUAUGGAUGACCCCUUCGAGCUCCAGCUCUAGUUGGGAAAAA